AAAAUCUUCAUGGAGCCUAUAAAUAUUGGAGUUUGAGUGACCAUUUAGAGCACCAAAAAGAGUUGCUAAGAAGAUGGAAAUGAGGGAGAGAAAAGAUUCCCAUGCCCAAAGACCAAAGGGUGGGAUGAUCACUAUGCCCUUCAUUUUUGCAAAUGAGGUAUGUGAGAAGUUAGCAGUGGUGGGAUUUAGCACCAAUAUGAUAAGUUAUUUGACACAAGAGCUUCAUAUGCCAUUAACAAAGGCAGCCAACACACUCACAAACUAUAACGGAACUUCAAGCUUGACUCCUCUCCUGGGCGCCUUCAUCUCCGACGCCUAUGUCGGCCGCUUCUGGACCAUCACUGUUGCUUCCAUUCUUUAUCAGAUAGGGCUGACUGGCUUGACAAUAUCAGCUGUACUACCACAAUUAAGACCUCCCCCAUGUAAAGGUGAUCAUCAUCAUAAUAAUCAAUCACUCUGCCAAGAAGCCAAUGGUGGACAGCUGGCAAUCCUCUAUGGAACACUCUUCCUAUGUGCUUUAGGGGCAGGUGGGUACCGACCCUGUAUUGUGGCAUUCGGGGCGGAUCAAUUCGACCAAACGGAUCCUAAACAAAAGGUCCAAACAUGGACCUUCUUCAAUUGGUACUACUUUGGUAUGGGGGCUUCAAUGCUUGUUGCUGUCACAGUGAUUGUUUAUAUUCAAGACAAUAUCGGGUGGGGUUGGGGACUUGGAAUUCCCGCCAUAGCCAUGUUUCUUUCUCUCAUCACCUUUGUUUUCGGGUACCCGAUGUAUCGGAACUUGGACCCAUCCGGUAGCCCGUUUACCCGAUUGGUACAAGUUUGUGUGGCUGCUUUUAAGAAGAGAAAUUUGGCUAGGGUUUCUGAUCCCAAAUUGCUCUAUGAGAAUGAUCAACUUGAUGCUUCUAUUUCUCUGGAAGGAAAGCUUCUACAUACUAAACAUAUGAAAUUUUUGGACAAGGCAGCCACUGUGACCGAAGAAGACGACCUAAAAUCACCCAACCUAUGGAGGUUGAACACCGUCCACCGUGUCGAAGAACUAAAAUCAGUGAUUCGAAUGGGACCUAUAUGGGCUGCCGGAAUCAUCCUCAUCACCGCCUACUCCCAACAAACCACUUUCUCCCUCCAACAAGCCAAAACCAUGGACAGGCACCUCACAUCCUCCUUCCAAAUCCCCGCCGGUUCCAUGACCGUCUUCACCUUCACCUGUAUGCUUGCCACCACCGCCUUCUACGACCGCCUUUUUGUCCCCUUCAUCCGUACUUUCACCGGCAUUGACCGUGGCAUCACCUUCCUACAAAGGAUGGGCAUUGGUUUCGUCAUUUCAAUCAUCGCCACCCUAGUCGCUGGCUUUGUCGAAGUGAAACGAAAACAUGUGGCUUCGGCCUAUGGCCUCACCGACAACCCUAAGGCCACCAUACCCAUCUCCGUCUUCUGGCUCGUGCCGCAGUAUGGCCUCCAUGGUGUGGCUGAGGCCUUCAUGUCCAUUGGACACAUGGAGUUUUUCUACGAUCAAGCGCCAGAGAGCAUGAGGAGCACCGCCAUGGCUCUUUUCUGGUCAGCGAUUUCAUUGGGGAGUUAUUUGAGUACCCUUUUGGUUACCGUGGUACAUAAGUUGAGUGCCGGUCCUGGCGGAUCAAACUGGCUUCCAGACUACAAUUUGAAUGAAGGGAAGUUGGAGUAUUUUUACUGGUUGAUCACAUUGAUGCAAAUUAUUAACCUUGUGUACUAUGCGUUUUGCGCGAAAUUUUAUACUUUCAAGCCGGUUGAGAUUCAUAGGAAGGAAGAUGGUGAAUCCACUGGAGAUGGAGUUGAGCUUGCUAGCCAUGUUUAGUUGCAUUUUAAGUUUUGGACAUGUUUAAUUUCCUUUCCUUUCACUAUAGCUUGACUUUGUUUUCUAUAGUAGACAAGCUUGUAGAGAUCAAUGGACCAGACUGUAUUUUAUAAUGAUACUGGUGGUGGGUGCACAUGUGAUGCACAUACAAAGAUCUAUAGUUAUGAAUAAAGAAUAUUAUUAGAAA